AUGGUCUCGUUAUACAGUCGUCCCUCUCUACGUCAUCGUCAACACCAUUCCAACUGACAAUCCUAUAUGAAUUUGAGAUCUAUCAAUCAAUCAAUCGUUUGUCUUUCUACCAGCCCUACGACAACUGGGCCCGUCGCACGUUGCUGAGCCCAUGGCGAACCUCCCAUUCUUCCGGAAAGCUCCUCAACGGCCGGAGUACGGCCGCAGUCGCUCCAAAGUCCUCUGGCACCGUCUACUACGCUCCUUUCUCUACCUCAUCGCAUGGAUCUUCCUGAUCCUGGUCGUCAUUGGCAAUGUCUCCAACAAACCCGUCCUCCGCCAAACGUGGUUCCUCAAGAUUGACCUCUCCAACAUCAUCCCACUCUCCGUCCCCAAUGCCGUCCUGAUCAACAGUAUUGCUCGUUCUAUCGGUCUCCAUGAUUUCUACACCGUCGGUCUGUGGAAUUUCUGUGAGGGAUACAAUGAUAGCGGCAUCACCAAAUGCUCCAAACCGGAGACCCUCUACUGGUUCAAUCCGGUCGAAAUCAUCAUGUCCGAACUGCUCUCCGGAGCCACCAUUGCCCUCCCCGGAGACAUCACCGACGCGCUCAAGAUCGCCCGAAUUGCCUCCCACUGGAUGUUCGCCCUCUUCAUCCUGUCCACCGUCUUGACCUUCAUCAUGAUCUUUCUCUCCCCCCUGGCUACGUCGUCGCGACCCCCGCAGUCGAUCUCAUCGGACCCCAACGUUAACGCCGCUCACCCGGCCCACCGUCGCCGCACAUUCGUCUUCCUCCGCGCCUUCCCUUUCUUCCUUCUGACCUUCUUCACGGCCCUCUUUACCAUUGUCGCCUCCGUCGUCGCCACCGUCAUGUUCAUCAUCUUCAAGAACGUGUUCACCUCGGCGGAUUACGACCUGAAUAUUGAGGCGGAGCUGGGCACCCGCAUGCUGGCCUUCAUGUGGAUUGCGAGCGCCUGCAACCUGCUGUCGUUCAUUCUGCAGCUGGGCUCCUGCUGUGCGGCUUGUUGCGGGGGCCGGAAGGCCCGGAAGGCGCUGAAGAACGGCGGUGCGAAUGGAGUGUCGAUGCGCGAGAAGGAUGCUCAUAGUCCCGCAACGACCACCGCUACCGAGUGA